AUGGUCCACUGGAUCGCCCAAGUCGCCUUUCUCAACGCCGCAUUCGGUGCAGUUGCGAAUGCACACGGCUAUCUGAAGAACGUCGAAUACAACGGAGUCAAGUAUCCCGCGUGGCAGGUUGGGCAAGAUGAAUACUUGACCACGGUUCCCACGCGAUAUGUCAGACGCGUGAAGGACGUGGGUCCAGUAGCGGACUUCACAUCCAAAGACAUCACAUGCAACCAAGGCGGUAACAUCCCCGCGACCGGCAUCAUCGACGUGAAAGCCGGAAGCAAAGUCAAAUUCAUCUGGGACCAAUGGGGCUCCUCGCACUCGGGCCCCGUAAUGACCUACAUGGCCAAAUGCACUCCCUCCUGCAGCACCUUCAAAGGCGACACGGGCAACGUGUGGUUCAAGAUCGACCAGAUGGCGUACGACCCCUCCAAAAACAUCCCCUGGGGUUCCGACUGCCUCGCUCGGAAUGGAGCCACUUGGACCGUGACCAUUCCGCCGACCAUUGCGGAUGGCGAGUAUCUCCUUCGACACGAGAUUCUGGGCCUGCAUGUUGCUGGUACGCGCAUGGGUGCCCAGUUCUACCCGUCUUGUACGCAGAUUCGCGUCACGGGCGGCGGGAAGGAGAAUCCCACGGGUGUGGCUCUGCCGGGGGCAUAUGAUCCCGAUGACACGGAAGGCAUCUUGACCGAGUUGUGGAUGAUUCAGCAGGGAAGGAAGGGCUAUACAGCCCCUGGUGGACCGGUGUGGUCUGGGGCUGUGCCUAACACCAUGUCCUGUUGA